AUGAAUGCUUCGAUUGCUAGGGGAAGCGGAUUUGGGGGCAAUCUGAAUUUGGGUAUGGAUGGAGCAAAUAUUGAGUUGGAACAGAAAAUUGCAGUUCAGUCUAUUCGAUUAUUUCUGAAGUCGAAGACUUCAUAUGAUGUUUUGCCGGUAUCUUACAGACUAAUAGUUCUCGAUACAUCAUUGUUGGUUAAAAAGUCACUGAAUAUUCUUCUUCAAAACAAUAUUGUUUCAGCGCCCCUGUGGGAUUCGACGACCUCCAAAUUCGCGGGUCUAUUGACUAGUUUGGACUUUAUCAAUGUUAUACAGUACUAUUUUAGCAACCCUGAUAAAUUUGAACUAGUUGAUAAGUUGCAGUUGAAUGGAUUGAAGGAAAUAGAGAAGGCGAUCGGGGUGGAGCCUCCUGACAGGGGUUCUAUUCAUCCUUUCAAGCCUUUGUAUGAAGCAUGUUGCAAAAUGAUUGAAUCAAGGGCAAGAAGAAUUCCGCUGAUUGAUCAAGAUGAAGAAACUCAUAGAGAAAUUGUUGUAAGUGUGCUUACACAGUACCGUAUUUUGAAAUUUGUCGCUUUAAACUGUAGGGAAAUACGGUAUUUAAAAAGGUCGUUAUAUGAAUUAAACAUUAUUACAUCUACACAGAUGCUGAGCUGCUCUAUGAGUACCCCUGUCAUUGAUGUAAUUCAACUUCUAGCCACUGGUGGUGUUUCGUCUAUACCAAUUGUAGAUGAACAAGGAAAAUUAAUUAAUGUUUAUGAGGCUGUCGAUGUUCUUGGUUUAAUUAAGGGCGGUAUUUAUAAUGAUCUUUCUCUGAGUGUUGGAGAAGCACUAAUGAGAAGGAGCGAUGACUUUGAGGGUGUCUAUACAUGUACCAUGAGUGAUAAACUAUCAACUAUAUUGGAUACAAUUAGAAAAUCUCGUGUACAUAGAUUCUUCAUUGUGGACGAAGAUGGCCUUCUAACUGGUGUCUUGACCUUGAAUGAUAUUUUGAAGUACAUAUUAUACGCAGAAAAUUAA